AUGCCCAAGCAAAAGUUCAACAACUACGACAUCCGCGCGGAGGUGGCGUGCCUCCGCGCGCGCCUCGUCGGGACCUGGCUCACCAAUGUGUACGAUCGCGACAAGACGUCGUUCGUCUUCAAGUUCACGCGGAGCGGCGGCGCGACCGAGAGCGGCGAGGGCGAGAAAAUCAACGUCGUGAUCGAGAGCGGGACGCGGUUCCACUGCACGUCGCACGCGAGGGCGAGCGCGAGCGGCGGCGGCGGCGGAAAGGCAUCUUCGACCGAUCAGCCGUCAAAGUUUAACGCGAAACUGCGGAUGCAUCUCCGAGGCAAACGCCUCAACGCGAUCGAUCAGAUCGGCUCCGAUCGCGCGGUCGACUUUACGUUCUCGUCCGGCGACACCGAGCACCACCUGAUCGUGGAGCUGUACGCGCAAGGGAACGUGCUGCUGUUGGACAAGGACGACGUCGUGUUGACGUUGCUUCGCACGCACCGGGACGACGACAAGGGGGUCAAAAUUUUAGGUAAUCAUCGGUACCCGCGCGAGAGGUUCCGCACGCACAAGCGCGUCACGUUGCACGACCUCGAGGGCGCGCUGGGGUUGGGACAGAACCCGCCGCUCGUGGACCGCGCGGCGAAGCUCGCGGGGCUUCCGAUGGGCGGGAACACGCCGCUGCCGCUGAAGGAGGAUUCGAGUAGUUUGAAUUCAAAUUCAAACGCGACAGCUCCGGUCGUCGAGCGGCUGCUUCGACAGCUGUCCGUCUUGGACGACUGGUUCGAGGGCGUCGGCGACGGCUCCGCGGUGCCGACCGGCGUCGUGACGCGGCGACGCAAGCCCGGGGCGACGGGAGACGACGACGACGCGUUCGUCGUCGACGACUUCAGCCCUCUGCCACCGAUCGACGCGAUCGAUUCAAAUGCAAAUUCGACAGCUACAGACGACGACGACGCGCGCGUGCAAGCCUAUGAAUCCUUCGACGACGCGCUCGACGCCUACUUCGCGUCGUUCGAGACGCAAGCCGCGACGCGCCAACGCGAACGCGCGGAAAAAGCCGUCGUCGACCGACUCGAAAAGGUGCGCAAGGACCAAUCGCAGCGCGCGGCGGCGCUCGAGCGCGAGCGCGAGGCGGACGAGCUCCGCGCGACGCUGAUCGAGUACAACUUGGAGCGCGUCGACGUGGCGCUGGCGGCGGUGAACAACGCGCUCGCGGGCGGGAUGGGCUGGGGCGAUUUAGAGAUCAUGAUUCGCGAGGAGACGAGAGCCGGGAACCCGGUGGCGGGGACGAUCAAGAGUUUGGACUUGGCGAACAACAAGAUCACGGUGACGCUCGCGAACCACCUCGACGACGACGAGGAUGACGAGGACGAGGAGGAGGAGGAUGGGGAGGAUGAGGAUAAGGAUGGGGACGAAGACGACGCGGGCGAGGGCGACGACGAGAAGAGCUCCGAGCGGAAACGAAAACAACAACAGAAGAAACUGCGACGGAAGAGAAGAAAAGCCGUCGCCGUCGAGCUCGACCUGUCGCUGUCCGCGUACGCCAACGCGCGGACGCACUUCGAGAAGAAGAAGAAGCACGCGACGAAGCACGACAAGACGCUCGCGCAGACGGAGCGCGCGAAAUUUUGGUGGUUCGUCACGACGGAGAACUGCCUGGUCGUGUCCGCGCGCGACGCGGCGCAGACGGACGCGAUGUUGAAGAAAUACGCGCCGCCGGGGAGCUCCGUCGUCGUCGGCGGCGGCGGCGGCGGCGGCGGCGCGGGAUGGUGCAACGGCGUGCCUCCCGCGUCGCUCGCGCAAGCCGGGGCGGCGUGCCUGUGCCGCUCGAACGCGUGGGACUCGCGGCAGGUGAUCAGCGCGUGGUACGUCAAGCCGGAGCAGAUUCGGAAGGAAACGCCCGAGGGGGAGCCGUUACUAAACGGCGUCGUGUGGACCGUGGGAAAGAAGACGUUUCUUCCCCCGGCGCCGCUCGUCAUGGGCUUCGCGUACAUGUUCGUCUUGGGGGACGACGCGAGCGUGGAGGCGCACGCGGGGGAUCGCGUGGUGAAGCAGCAGAUGGCGGCGCUAGGUAACGCCGACGGCGAGGGCGUUACAGAGGACGCGGAAGAGGAGGAGGAGGAGGUGGAGGAGGAGGUUGUCGAGAGUGUCGAGGUUGAAGACGACGCGACCCCCGACGACGCCGACGCCGACGCCGACGCAGACGCCGCGCCGGCGCCGUCGUCGAGUCGAUUAGAAGCCUUCUUAGACGGCGGCGUCGACUUCGCCGCCGCGAGGAUGGACGCGAUGUCGUUAGAGGAGGAGACCAAGGCGGCGGGGGAAAAGGGAGAAGACGCAGAAGCCUCAGCCUCGGCGCCGAAGGAGGGCACGAAGCGCAUGUCCGCGAAGGAGCGCCGCGAAGCGAAGAAGAAGCGCGACAAAGCGGCGGGCGGCGGCGGCGGCGAC